UGGUGCGCACUUCCUGAACAGAUGAGGCUUUUUUGUGGGGGCAGCAGAGUGGACUUGUAUAAACUUAGAGAACGGAUGAUGAUACGAAAGACUGGUUAAGCACAUGCUGAAAUCAAGACCACAAAAAGUGAAGUUUUGUUCCUCAUUAACUUUCAGAAUAGAGGAAGAGUCAGCUGACUGACAGUUGGAGGAAACGGGGGUGGGGUGUGAUAAAAGUUUUUUUCCGUCGCGUUGGGAUGGAACAUCAGCCUAUUAUGAACAAUCAAGGCAGAAACUACGGGAUAGCCAAUCCCGGUUAUAUCCCAGCAGCACAGGGGGGACCCGCAAUGUUUGCCCCACCCGCAGCUGACGGGCCCAGCGCUCCUCCGGCCAGCAUGUUUGACAGCAUGCCUGGCUAUGAAGGAACAGUGGCAGGCGGAGGAGGUGGAUAUCUGCCCCCUCCUAUGCCUGCUUACCCAGUUCCUCAGCCUGAGCCUGGACCUGAACAACCACAUUGGAAUAUCCCAUCUAUAACUGAAGACACUGCUCGGGAGGCGUUGGUCCUGUUUGCCUCCAGCAAGUGCUGCUACAGUUCAGCGCCAGCAAAGGAUGGUGUGAUCACCAACAUGGAGGCAUUCAAUACAUAUAGGUACCGCCUGGAAACCUUUACUGAAACAAGAUCUACAGAGUGGAGUCAUGAGCCAUAUAAUGGCCAGCCAGUGGAUGCCUUUUCCCAACCACCUCCAGGGCCUUGGGAUAUUCCGGCUAAAACCCCCAGUUUUUUUCUGGAUUCCAAACAGACUAUCAAGGUUCCUUACACGUCAUCUGUGAAGAGCUGCCACGUUUGUUUGGGAAUGGGACGAAAACCUUGCAAAGACUGUGCCGGUGCUGGUAAUAAAGUUUGUUGGGUGUGCAAUGGAUCUGGUUACCGCCAUGGAAAUGAUCGAUGCCACCACUGCAAUGGAAGAGGAAGGGACAACUGCAGCCACUGUCAUGGGCAAGGAUCAAGGCAAUGUGACACAUGUCAUGGCAAACAACAGCUUCUGGUCUACAUCAACCUCACUGUGAAAUGGACCAACAACUCUGACAGCUAUGUGGUAGAACAGUUGAGUGGACUGCAGGUGGACAACCUUAGCAAAGUGUCUGGCAAGGAGCUUUUCAGAGAUUCUCAGUACAUGGUAUACCCAGUGAUGGGCUUCCCAGACCCUGCAGUGGUGAGUGCUGCACAGCGCUUUGUUAAUGAACACCAGGGCAAAUUCUCCCAGACGUCACGUAUUCUACAGCAGCGUCAAACCAUUGAGCUGAUCCCUGUCACAAAGGUGACCUACUUGUGGAAAACCAAAUCACACAUUUACUUUGUUUACGGGAAUGAGUUCAAGGUUAAUGCAGAUAACUAUCCUGCUACCUGUUGUUGCUGUACUGUAAUGUGAUUGCAGUGAUUCUGUAUGAAGGUGUUUACUUUACAAACCAGUGGAUAUCUAAUUAUGUCAGUUUUACUUACGAGUCACUUCUACUGAUUAACGGAGCAUUCCCUGACAUGUGGGCAGUUAUGACUUGUUAAAGGUUGCCAUUCAACAGAGUUUAAACAGAGACAUUUAACUUCUGAGCUCCCACAACUCAUCUAGUCUCUUGAAUACGCAGUCUUCAAGGCUACACAAAAAGUUAAUUUAUCUUUGACUAAAUAUUUUCUACAACAUAAUUAAUGUAAAGAAAGUGCUAUUUGUAUGCUUGCACCACAGAAAAAAAAAUGGUUAAUGACACAAUAUAAGCCAUAAUCAUACUAGAUUCUCUGAAUUAUGAACACUAUUGCUUUAAUCUGUCAGCAGUUAUUUUCAUAACCAGUAAAGCAGCUGUUUCGUACACAAUAUUAUUUUUUAAUAGCAGUACAAUUUUUUUAUGUUACUAAAAUGCAUGUCAUUUGUUUGCUGUCAUGGUAACAAUCUCUGUUGUUUUAUAUGAAUGUUUAUCUUUUAUUGAAUUUGUAUCAUUUUGCAAGACAAAACAUCUGUAAUACUUGCUCUGCAAUAAUUCUGCCAUUUGAAUAAAUGUCAUCUCGCAAUGUUUUGCUCUUGAA